GCUUUAUACUUUACCAUAUUUUACAUGGAGACGGACAAAGUCUUUCUUCUAGUUGUCACUCUACGCACCGAUUCAUCAAUUUUGUCAAGCACAGUUUCAACUACUUAAAUGCGACGAAAAUAUCCAACAAAUUAGCUGUGAGAAGUUUCGACGAGUGUGGCAUUCAGUGUGUACGAACCUCGACUUGCCUUUCUGUGAAUAUGGCAAGUUCUUCUGACGACAAUGGAGUGUACUGGUGCGAAAUACUUGCUUCUGACAAAUACAUGUCUUCAGAAAGUUUUAAACCAAGCCCAAAUUCGCAUCAUUUUUCCAUUAUGACGCCAUGCAUAGAGGACCCCUGUAUCGGUCUGCAAACGUGCGUUCCAAACUACAACGACGGAAGCUACAAAUGCCGAUGUCGGCGAGUCGGUUUUUCGGGUGAUUACUGCCAAGAAUGUGACACGACAAAUGGAUGGAGACGGUUCAGCAUAUCUUGCUAUAAGUUUUUUAGCGAAGUGGCUAAGUGGAAAGAGGCGAAGAAGCGUUGCGCAGACAUUGGAUCCAUUUUAGUUCCAAUUCAUUCCGCCAAUGAAAAUGAUUUCAUAUCCUCCCUGCUUCCCGAUGCAGAAACCACUGCAUGGAUUGGAGCAAACGACAUGGGUACGGAGGGGAACUGGGUCUGGGUGGACAGGAAAAACUGGGGCGAGUAUGAAAACUGGUCUGGAAACAAUCCCAAUGGCGACGUCAGAGAAAACUGCGCGCUGAUACAAUCUGGACGGUGGAAUGAUGUAUCCUGCGGUUUGAGACGUUACUAUGUUUGUAAAACGAAAAAUUAAAAGCAGUCCUCUCAACGAAUGGCAACAUGAUCAGCUGCUUAUCGUCAGGACUAAGAAGAUCCCUCUACUUUCCUUUCAGUGGGGUCAGCCAUCAUGGUUGUUUGUGGUUUUAGCCGACCUCACAUAUCGUAAUUUAUCAAUACUGUCAUUUAUCUAUAUCAGGCUCAAAGCACUUAGGAAUGCUUGCUCAUUGUGAUAGGCACGUCGUGAUAUGCCCUUCGUUCGUGGGGCUACGGAUGAGAUGCUUCAGUUCUAUAAUCUUAAAAUCGAAGCCUUCACGGCCCAAAACUGCUAAACGGUGGUGUGAAAUAGGAGAACAUCACUUCCCUUAAACAGGAUGUUUACAUCUACAUUCAAGGCCGCCAACGAGUUUCCUUACCCUUUGAACCCGUUUAUCGAGUGGUUUCCAGAGGGAUUAAAAAUAUAUCAAUUAAUGAAAUUCAAUUAUCUUCGGAGGCUUAGUUGAGUGUCAUUUGCGAGAAGUCAUGCAAUCAAAUUCCAAUUGCACAAGUCACUCACAUAGCUUCGGCAGUUACAUCGUUUGUCUUGACUUCAAUUUUCAAUAAUUAUAUGAUCAACAUGUUAGCUUAUUUCUCUUUACAGAUAGAAGAAUAUCCUCUUGUAUUAAUUGCUUCUCAUAUUUCCCAAAUGAUUUGGAUCUCAAAGCGAUUCGGCGUUGUCUUGGUUAAGUUUGUCUGACGUAUAGCGGAGCUUCAUUAUGCAGUGGAUAAUCUGCACCUUGCGUGCAAGCUUCGGUUGAAAACAGAUUGCCUUUCACUAAAACAAAGUAUUCCUUGUUUUUCAAGGUCAACGGUUAACACAAAUCCUUUAUUAUUCCAUUUCAACGCAGCGACGAAUACAACUUAACACGGAAGUGGAAGGAAGAGAGAUUAUUCAAAAGUUCAUCAUUACAUGUUUGUAGUGUUGAGCACCCAACGAGAACCAAGGUUUUAAAGAGGAAACCUAACAUAAACGUGUUCGGUUUACUCUUAUCAGUGUUUUGUUGCUUUCCCAGCUUAUUCUCGCAUCUACAACAACUGACGUUUAUUCAGUAGUCGUAGAGAAUUUCCUUCUUCUUUUAACCCGUCGAUAAUCAAAACUGGUUACAACUGAAGCUUUCUGUCUCAAAUACACUCUGGUGAAACACAUCCUGCAUAACACAAGAAUAUCAAUUUUAAUGGGAAAAUGGUGUUAAUGUAACAAUGAUAGCGGGAUUACUGGCUUUGAUUCAGUUUGCAGGACUUGAAUGAAACAUAUAAACCUGAAACUUCAUUUGCAGAGAGAUAAAUGUCGUUUAGCUGCGAAACUAGAAAAGCUGUCUAUUCUUGUACAUUGCUCAUUAAGCAGCACAGAGGGGGUUUUGUCUGAAUGUACUGCAGUCACGCAAAAGGUUUUCGCAGACAGACUUCAGACAAAAUGGAAAAUAGAAAAAGGAGUUCUAAUUCUCCAUUCUUGGAGAAAAUAAGGAAAGCGACAUCUAGACAGCUCGAUGGCAGCUGUAUGAAUGUGACCAGAUUAAAGAACCACUAUUCAUGCAAGAGGCAAAUGGCACG